CCUUCUUUCAUUAGGUUAAGUUAGGUUAGGUUAGGUUACUCUUCUCUUAAUUUACUCUUCCCUAUCAAUCAAUCAAUCCUUAAUUAGUAUCACUGUUGCAAGCACAAGAAGAAAGCACAGCAACACACACAACCUUAUUUUCCUAUCACAAGUAGCUUUUGGGGGCAAGGGGAAGAAAAAUAUGACAUCCUGAAGAUAUAGAAGACAGUGAAGAAGAAAACUAGCCCUGAAGUAGAAGACUAAUACUGAAGAAGAAGAAAACUAACACCACAGAGGAAGAAAAUUAACACUGCAGAGGAAGAAAACUGAGACUGAAGAAGAAAACUAACACUGAAGAAGAAAACUAACACUACAGAAGAAGAAAACUAACACUACAGAAGAAGAAAACCAACACUGCAGAAGAAGAAAACUAACACUGCCGAAGAAGAAAACUAACUACAGAAAAAAGAAAACUAACAUUGCUGAAGAAGAAAACUAACACAAGAAGAAAACUAACACUGAAUAACAAGAAGACAGUGCUCAAGAAGAAGACAACUAACACAGAAGAAGAAAACUAACACUACAGAAGAAGAAAACUAACACUGAAGAAGAAGAAAACUAACACAAGAAGAAAACUAACACUGAAUAACGAGAAGACAGCGCUCAAGAAGAAGACAACUAACAUAGAAGAAGAAAACUAACACUGAAUAACAAGAAGACAGCGCUCAAGAAGAAGACAACUAACACGGAAGAAGAACACUAACACUGAAGAAGAAGACUAACAGCUAUCAGAAUUCAACUAUGACCUUUUCUUGAGCCACUUGACACUUGGACCAGCCCCCCCUCCCCCCCUGAGCUCUGAAGGAUGGGUCAGCUGUGUUGCAAGUGUGCGCAGGGGCAGGAGCACGAUGAAGUGCAGCAGGGGGAGCCAGCAGGGGACAGGAGCACCACGGAAGCACCCCUGCUCACUGCCGCUGUGCCCCCCGCCGUAGAGUCCCCCUCGAGACAUUCCCCUGUACUAGAGUCCCCUGUGGCAGAACCCCUUGUGCCGAAGUCCCCUGAAGAAGAGUCCCCUGUGGCGGAACCCCUCAUAGCAGAGUCCCCUGUGGCAGAGUUCCUCAAGGUAGCGCCCCCCGUAGCAGAGUCGUCAGUACCCCGGGAGUCCCCAGCCCCUGUCACCCAGCAGCAGCAUGACCAAGGUGAUGGUAGUGGGCCCUCCCUGGCACCCGGCACCCCUGCUCCUGCCCCCUCCUUCACGCCACCGAAAGGGGACCACCUGGAGUUCCCCAUCCUUCAAGACGUGGGGACGGUGGAGUAUGUUCAGAAGAGUAAGGUUCUGGUAAUUCUGAAAGGCCUCCCAGGAUCAGGCAAGUCUUACCUCGCCCGGAUGCUUAAGCAGGUGUACAAGGAUGCGGUGGUGUGCUCGGCAGACCACUACUUCAUGAGGAGUGGAAAGUAUCAGUUUAAUCCCGAGGAGCUAACUCAGGCCCAUGAAUCCUGCCAGGAGCGUGCAAAGCAGGCUGCCAUCAGUGGUGUGUCCGUGAUUGCCAUUGACAACACAAACAUAAGGUCAUGGAACUACAAGUAUUACCUGGGCCUGAGCCGGGAUCACCACUACACCCCCCUCAUUAUGGAGCCACAGACACCCUGGGCCAAGAAUACCAAGGAGCUGGCCAGGAAGAACAAUCAUGGGGUUAAGAAGGAGAUUAUAGACCAGAAGCUGAAGACCUACGAGGCAGCGCUGCCGCUCUACUACUGGUGGUUCCUCAAUGAGGCAGACUCUGCACAGAUCAUUGCUCAGGCACAGGCUUGGCUCAAGAAGGCACUCCAAGUUCAAGAUUUCUUUCAAGAUUUUUCUAAGUUUUCCAAGCUCUCAUCAAUAAAGGAGAUGCUAAGGUAUUACAAAAGGAAUGAAGAGCGCUCAGACUACAAGGUCCUCCACGCCACGGCCAGCGUUGUCCGGAGAGGCAAGGCAAAGAACGCCAAAGAGUACAUUGCGAGGCAAGCUGUCAAGGACUCCCUCGGCAAAGGCUUCACUCUCCAGCUUAUUGGCUUUGUCAUAACACCGCAGACAUUUGGUGUCAGACUGAGGUUAGGCGAAGAUGCCUUGGAGUUGUGGGGACUGGAUGACCAUGAGACAGAAGCAGAGGACACAGCAGGCAAACAGCCUUCUAAAGCAGGCCCAGGGUCUGCAAAGAAGACCAACAGGGUCAAUCUGGCCAACACAGGUGUGAGGAGAAACUCCUGCCAGACCACACUCAGGGACGGCCCGUCACAGCUACAUGAGCAUCGGUUCGCUCCCACUGCCGGCAGAGGCAGCCGUGCACACCUCACCCUUGGGUGUGCCCCGGGGGUCUCGGCCAAAAUGACAGGGUUUGAUCUCAUAAAAGUUGUCUCUUGUGAACAAGAGAUGUUGAAAACUGAAAAUCUUCAGCAGUCAAGUGAAAAAGUGCAGACCUUUUCACUCACUGAAGGUGAACUGAGGACCUAUGGAGAUGGCAUUUGGGUUAUAUAUCCAGAGAAAGAAAUUCAUGUGGAUUCUUUGUUUUCAGGAUUUUAUUAAUACUAAGAAGGUUUCUUUUCAGAGAAAUGGAGGGUAUAAUGAUAAAGUGUACAGCUAUUCCAUUUUUUUUACUACGAAGAAUAUUUUGGUUGUGUGUCUAUUGUACAUCUGUUCAUUGAGAUCCAUGAUAAUUAUAUCCUUUAGAAUCAGUUACAAAGUCAGAGGAUGGCUGGCUGUUGACUGACAGCUGCUCACUACAGUUAUGGAGAGUGCUCAAACAUGGCUGAGAGAGACCUACGUGUCCUUGGCCAGUCAUAGCUUCACAGAACCUUGAGAGCAGCCCAUCCUUGCCUUGCACAUGAAGGCUGUGGCUGCAGGAGCCUUGCAUGACAGUAUUUGAUUUACUGCUUCUGUGAUGAGUCAGUCAGUGAUUGUGUGUUUUGUAAAUUUACAUAUUUGUACAUGACAUCUUGCUGUGCUACAGUUGUUAUCAAGGUGCAGGUUUCCUAUGACUGUGAUGACAAAUAGUGAUUAUGUUUUAGAAUAUAAAUAUAUUUAUAUGCCAUAUUGCCUUGCUACAGUCACCAAGGGGCAGACUUUGCCACUGAUACUUUUCUCAGUGGUGAUCCUGCUUACUGCCAAGGAAGCUUUUUAUUAUGGUGAUAGUUAUUUUUUAUUGAUGUUUUUGACCGACUGUGGUAUUCAAAUCACUGAAGUUAUUUUUUAUUGAUGUUUUUGACUGACUGUGGUAUUCAAAUCACUGAAGUUAUUUUUUAUUGAUGUUUUUGACUGACUUUGUGGUAUUCAAAUCACUGAAGUUAUUUUUUAUUGAUGUUUUUGACUGACUUUGUGGUAUUCAAAUCACGGACAUUGUUUUUUCCUGCCAAUACUUGACCAACUGACUUCCCUGCCGAACAACACUCACUCCAGCUCAUGCCUCGUGCCUCCCCCUGACUCAUGACCCUGCAGUGCAUGAGUUGGGUAUGGGUGCCUAUUUCUGCCCAGCCUUGUGUGGUGAUUCAGUAACCCACACUCGCUACUACCAGCCAACAGUAAGCAACCUUUAUUGAGUGGCCAGAGACUACUUAUACGAGGUACUGAUAACCAUGUCCCUUCAGCAAAACUCUGCCAAGAAGAUCAAAAGGGACAGUGUGAGGUAGAAUGGGUCAGACAAGAAGAUACAUAUGUUGGCACCACUAUAAAUAUCCUCCUGUGCCUCUUUAACUGGUUGGGGCUGACCAUGUGGCCUCGUCAAGAAAGCAUACUGGAGUCACGGCUGUACAUAAAAAAGUACUCCAUUUAGGAACAAAGUUACGCAUGAAAAUUCAGCUGAUGUUUAAAGAUGAGCUAGUAACAUCAAAAUAGGAAGCAAUUGCAAUCUUUCAUAUUGACUAUCAUUUUUUUUACCUUGGCUUAAUUUUUCAUAGUAGGGUAAUUUGGCGAAUGCACCAUAUAUGUGAAGGAGGAAGGAUGAAGGGAGCGAAGCGAAAAUGUGAGUUAGGAGAGGGGAGAGGAAGGGAUCAUUCAUAGUGACUAGAUUUUUAAAAAAAAAUUUUUACCUUGACUUAAUUUUUCGUAGUAGGGUAAUUUGGCGAACGUACCAUGCAUGUGAAGCAGGAAGGAAGGGGGAGGAAGGAUGAAGGGAGCAAAGCGAAAAUGUGAGUUAGGCGAGGGGAGAGGGAGGGAAGGUACUAUUUAUAGGCCCAUGUUUUCCCGAGGGGUUAAGAAAAUGUAAAGUAAUUUUUCAGCCUCAUGGGGAAAACAGAGCCUUAGCAUGUUAUUUUAAUGUGAUAUUAUGUAACCAUUUUAUGCUAAUUUAUUAAGUCAUGUUUUUAUCAUGUGUUGAUUUAUCUGUGAUCAGGAAAUUGGUAUGGAUUUUUUUUAGCAUUCUCUCUACAGUGGUUUUGCUAAUUUUAUGCAUAGAAGUAAGCAUUCACCUGGCAGUACUAUGAACCAUGUAUUGUAAAUUUGUAAGGUAUAACUGUACAGCAGCAGUUUUUAAAGUAUUUCACCCCUGAUUCAGUUUGCAGACACUAAUAUCAAUCAGCCCUGCUCCAAGCUCAGUGUGACUUGGGAGCCCCUUUCCACUCACUGUCAAAUUUGGGGUAGGACUUGAGUGAAGACAGGUUAAGGAAGGGACAGCGGAAAGUGAUGGUAGUCCCGUUUACAUGCAUCGACAAGUUUGGGGAAGAAGGUGAGUGAAGGGAGGUUGAGGAAGGGACAGCGGAAAGUGAUGGUAGUCCCGUUUACAUGCAGCGUCAAAUUUGGGGAAGGAGGAGGUUGAGGCAUAGAGACAGAAGUGGGGUAGUCCAUCUCUGCACAUCAAGUCAAAUUGGAGGUAGGAGGAGAGUGAAGGGAGCUUGAAGAAUAGGGAGAGAGGCAAGUGAGGGGUAGUCCAUCUAUGCACAUCAAGUCAAAUUGGAGGUAGGAGGAGAGUGAAGGGAGCUUGAGGAAUAGGGAGAGAGGGAAGUGAGGGGUAGUCCAUCUCUGCACAUCAAGUCAAAUUGGAGGUAGGAGGAGAGUGAAGGGAGCUUGAGGAAUAGGGAGAGAGAGAAGUGAGGGGUAGUCCAUCUCUGCACAUCAAGUCAAAUUGGAGGUAGGAGGAGAGUGAAGGGAGCUUGAGGAAUGGGGAGAGAGGCAAGUGAGGGGUAGUCCAUCUCUGCACAUCGUCAAAUUGGAGGUAGGAGGAGAGGGAAGGGAGCUUGAGGAAUAGGGAGAGAGGCAAGUGAGGGGUAGUCCAUCUCUGCACAUCAAGUCAAAUUGGAGGUAGGAGGAGAGGGAAGGGAGCUUGAGGAAUGGGGAGAGAGGGAAGUGAGGGGUAGUCCAUCUCUGCACAUCGUCAAAUUGGAGGUAGGAGGAGAGUGAAGGGAGCUUGAGGAAUGGGGAGAGAGGGAAGUGAUAGACCAACUGGCAUCACACUGAGUACACUGUCACAUGGAAAGGAUCUAGUGAGUCAAAAUGAGUGAAAAGUAAGAUGGGUUGAUAUUUUUGUCUGGAAAUACCACAAAGUUCAUCUCCCAAGUCAGCCCAGUACCAUGUCUUUGCUAUUAGCUUUUCAAUAAGAGCAAAGAGGAUGACCAUUUCACUACAUCUUUAGUAUUAGCCUGUUAAAAAAAGAUGACAACCAAAAUCAAGCAGCUAAAUUCCGUAAACUUUUGUGGUUGGCAUUUAGUCCAUCUAACAAAUUAUCAUUAAUAGCUCAAUUUAUUGAGAUGUGCAGGAAUUGUGAUGGCAUUAUCAUUUGAAGAUAUUUUUCCCCCACUGAGUCUGAAAUACGUAAUUUUUAUUCUAUUGAUCUCAAGUCUAUCUACUUUUUGUGUGGUUAGGUCCAUUUUCUGGAGACAGGCAAGUAGCAAUUGCCAAACUGUUGUAGCAAUGGGCUUACCUGUUGGGUUCCUCACACAGCUGAGGUGUUGGUGCAUGCCUCUGUCAGGCAGUCACUUAGGGCAGUGGUUCUUAAAGCUUUAAGGGAACGAAAACCAAAGGUUCAUUUUAAAGUCAAUCUGAUAACCCUUGUUAAGUAUUAACCUGCAACUACUGACAGUUAUCUUUCAAUGUCCUGCAAGAAUAAGAAAAGAGGGCAGCUGAACAAAAAGCUGGAUUCUGCAAGCUGUUUUGUAGUUUCCAUUUGGUCAUGCUUGUCACACAGUGCACAAUAUCGAUCAUUUAUUAUAAAGAUACCUCUUUCAACACAGUCAUGAACCUGUUUCUGUUACCUCUGCUGGUAUGGAGGAACUACUUUAAGAACACCUGCCUGAAGGUACCUAAUCUUGUUAUAUUCCCCAUACCCUACUGGAACACAUCUCUGGAUCUUGUUUGUAAAAUAACACAAAACAUGAACCUGUAUUUCUCCACUUUUAAUAUGGAGUGUUGGUGGGUGCAUCCCUGGUGUGAUAGGGUAGCUAGCGGCUGGCACAAACGAGGCCUGGGCUAGACUAUUGUUGACUGACUGUGAUAGCAUAAACUUAAACCCCAUUCACACUGUGCUGACUCCAGGCCGCAACAACCCAGCAGCUUGGGGUAUACGAGGUCUUGGGUGUGAAAUACUGACAUGAAGGAGUCACAUAUGGUCAGAAAGAGGUAUAGAAAUGAUCACCAGAUGCUGAUUCGGCACAGUGUGAAGAGGGCCUAAAAGUCGCUGGGUUGUUGUUGCCUAGAAUUGGCAUAGUAUGAUCAUGGCUUUAAAUUGUACCUGCUUUUCUCUGCUUCUGUUGAGUGUGGGUGGAUGUAUGUGUUGUGUGAGGUGAUAAUUGUCUAUUUGCACAAACAUGGGUCUGAGAACUUUUA